AAGAUUGACGUGGAGGACGCGUCAAAUUAAUUCCAGCAAACUCUGGACUCCCCGGGAUAACUCCAAUUGGCAUUUAUCGGAUGAAGACCACUUUGGUGCCCUUCUGCCUUUCAGUGACUCGGCUCAACAACAAAACAAAGAGGAAGGGGGCGCGCUGUACUCGGAGGAGAUUUUAAGGGGUUUCUUUUUCCUCUUCUGGGGUUCUUUCCUCCUGUUCCCCUUCCUUCUCUGCUUUCGCUUGGACGCUUUCAGCCAUUUGAACGGACACCUAUAUUUUCCACCUCGGAACAUAUAGGCAAAUGGAGCAAACCUAUGGAGAGGUGAACCAGUUAGGUGGUGUGUUCGUCAAUGGGAGACCCCUGCCCAAUGCCAUACGGUUAAGAAUAGUGGAGCUUGCUCAGCUCGGGAUCAGACCCUGUGAUAUAAGCCGGCAGCUCCGAGUCUCACACGGCUGCGUGAGCAAGAUUUUGGCGAGGUACAACGAGACGGGCUCCAUCUUACCCGGUGCCAUCGGUGGAAGCAAACCGCGGGUCACGACGCCUAACGUGGUGAAAAAUAUCAGGGAAUACAAACAAAGUGACCCCGGGAUCUUUGCCUGGGAGAUCCGGGACAGGCUAUUAGCAGAUGGAGUUUGUGACAAGUACAAUGUUCCGUCGGUUAGCUCCAUCAGCAGGAUUUUACGCAACAAGAUUGGAAAUCUCUCCCAGCCGAACCAGUACGAGAGCAGCAAGCAGGCCUCUGCGCAGGCCGGGCUCUCCUACAACCACAUAUACCCAUAUUCCUACCCCAACACCAUGUCGCCCACUGGCACUAAAAUGGGCAGCCAUCCUGGAGUACCGGUGACAGCGGGACAUAUGAGCAUUUCCAGAGCCUGGCCUUCUGCACACACCGUCAGCAACAUCCUCGGUAUACGCGCCUUCAUGGAUCCUGCAGCCAUUGCUGGGGCGGAGGGAUACGGACCAAAAAUGGAGGACUGGAGCAGCGUCAACAGAGCAGCUUUCCCUGCAUCUCACACGGUCAAUGGGAUAGACAAAUCAGCUAUUGACGGCGAUAUUAAAUAUGGCCAGCCCUCAUCCACACUGUCCAGUUACGUGUCUGCAUGCGCCUACUCUCCCACCAACCAGUACGGGGUGUACAGCGGGCCUGCGGGUGGUUACGUGGCCCCGGGCCACCAUCACUGGCAGCCACAGAGUCCGACGCUGUCCCACCCGGGCGGCGGGAUGGGCAUGCACGCAGGGGAGAUCCAAUCACCGAUGACCUUUAAGCAUCAGGCCCGAGAAGGUACACAGCGUGGAGAGAGAGAGGGGGGCCGAGAGCAGUUUAAUGAGACAGAAAGCCGCCCACUCCCCUGAGCAAACAACAACAACAACAACAACAACAACAACAACAACAACAACAUGAAGACUUGAACAGCGUGCACGGACUCAAUCUCCCUACCUCUUCAUCAUAACCUGGAUUUAUACCACCUUAAAUACAACAUCCAUUAAACUGAACUCAUUGAACAACUCCAACAGUAAGUGUGAACACUAGCGGCUUGUUUCCCUGCUUGUGUGUAGCUCACAGUCACACACAGGAGAGCUCUGUCGGCCUGCAUGGCCACAUGAAUGUAAGAUUGCAUGGACGUAUCGGUGUUUCCCCUCAUUGGUUGAAAGUCUGAUGUCUUCAUUGAAAUAUUUCACGUUGUCUGGCUGUACAUUCUCUCACGGAGAGUGCAGGAUUUAAAAGAAACGUACAAUUUUACCAAUCCAUUUUGUUACUGGUGUUUUAUCUGAAAACAAAGUGCUAUUCUGUAAUCCACCUAAUAUGACUUGAUAUGAUCUGACUCUCAGUAACUCCACCAUGUGAACAAAGAGAGAAUUUGUCUAAAUGUAAAAUAUUUGCCAAAGCUUUAAUUAUAUAUUUUUAUAAUUUCAAUGUAAAUAUAAUAAUAAAAAUAAAGGCUUUCUUACACGCCAUAUCUUGUAGUAGUUUAUGUUAUUCAUCCACGAAGCUGCGUAAUGCUUGUUUCUUCCCCACGUUGGUUUAAGGCCGGAUGCAUGGAUGUUGUGUAGGCAAUUUUGCAUUUAUUUUUUUAUUAUAUUAUAUAUUAUAUUAAAAUAUUAUAUUUUUUAUUUAUAAAUUUGAGGAGAGAGAGAGGGCAAUGCUUUUAUUAUUAUUAUUAUUAUUAUUUUUACUCAAUGUGCUUUCAGGGUCGCAUCUUUAUUCUUGCUAGCCUGGAAAUAUUACGUUUCAGUGACUCUACAAAGUGACUCUUCGUUAGAUCUUAAAGAAUUAGUCAUCCUUUUUCAUCGCAUUUUCCAGACUGUAAAUUACAGAGUGAUGAUUUUGCCUGAAUGAAAGCUUGACCUGCAGGCGUCAAUGACAGUAAAAGCGAGGCUAGGCCUAUAAAUAGCAUUUAGUAUAUUAUUGAAUAUAUCCCGAGGGAUGAAUCUAAGAUAUGCACCAAAUUUACUCGGGGCUUGAAAUGAAGUACAUGUCCCGUACGCUCUUGUGCUCACACAAAACAGUAGUGUAACCUGCCUGCUGGGCGCCUGCGCUGAUGCUAUCUCGUCUGCAACUCAUACCUGCCAUGCUGGGAAUCAGAGAUCUGAUCAUGCACGUUAAUGAAUAAUUGUGGGUACAGGGGAGCAGCUGACAGUCCGAAUCCACCCACAUGCGGCCUCAGGGAUGUGUUUCCACGUAAUUACAAGACUUUCCCCAAAGAGGCCUAUUGCCUACAAUCUGUUUUCUCUUUAAACUGUUUAUUCCUGCAGCCUGUUCUGUUUGCUGUGUGCCCGAGCUAAGAAAUUAAAUAAAAAACUUCCCACAGCUCCUCUUACUAGACUGAACUCUGCGUCACUGAAUAGCCUGUGUCAUCAUUUUUUUUCUGAUCUCGGACCUAUUAUUGACGCUUUGCUUCAUGUGAGGGUCAGGGGUUUUGCUAUAAAUACUGUCCAAUACAUAUGCUUUAAAAUUACAUUUGUGCGAUAUGAGAUGACAUCAGGCAGUUAUAUGGCACUAUUGUUAUUAUUAACUAUAAUUGAUAUUAGAAAUAAAAAAUCAUCGCCUCUUUUGAAAAGAUCCACAGACUUCAUGUGACUUUUUUUGGCCUUCAUUUGAGCGGAGACGCUGCGUUUCUGCUACGAAACGACGUGAAAAAGGUGACGCAGUAGGGAUCAUCUAGAUUUAGUCAAAUUAUCAUAUCUCAUUUAUUAAAAAAAAGAAA